GGCUUCACAGGGUGGAGACUUAAGCUUGGUAGGAACAAGUAUCUGGUUUUAGAUUGAUCUCAGGAAUGGUCCAAUGUCAGACAAUCAGGAAGCCCAAUCAGAUGAACUGCUGGCUCUGGCAAGCAUAUACGAUGAAGAAGAGUUUCACAGGACAGAAUUAAGUCAGAAGGGCGAGAUCCAUCUGUGCCUCGAGCUUCCUCCUGACUUCAGACUGCUGAUCAAGGGGCAGAGACGUGUAGAGGUGGAUAUUUCCUUUUUGCCGCCCUUGGUUCUGAGUUUUGAACUACCUACAGACUAUCCUUCAUUAUCUGCUCCUGUCUUUACUCUGAGCUCCAAAUGGCUAUCAAGAGUCCAGAUCACAACACUUUGCAAGAGACUGGAUGAACUUUGGGAUGAGAACAGGGGCAAUGUGGUUCUUUUUACCUGGAUCCAGUUCCUUAAGGAAGAGACUCUGCAGUUUCUGAACAUCCAGUCUCAACUCGAGAUCCAAACCAAUGUUUUCCUGCCUCAGUGUGAAACUGCUGAGAGCCAAGCAGCAGACACUGCUGAAGGAGAGCUGGACCAGCGAGCAGUUCUAGAAGCCGAUCCUCACAGUGAUAUAUUAACCCAGCUGCUGGAUUUUAAUGAAGCUCAGAAGAAGAAGGUGUUUGAGGCCACAGUUUUUAGCUGUGGAAUUUGCUUUUCUGAGAGUCUGGGCUCCAGCUUUGUGCUCUUCAAUGAGUGUCAACAUGUUUACUGCAAGACCUGUGUUAGGGAUUACUUUGAGAUCCAGAUUAAAGAUGGCAAAGUCCAGUUUCUUUCCUGUCCUGAGGCAGAGUGCACAUCCCUGGCUACUCCUGCACAGGUGAAACUUCUCAUGAGCCAAGAAGAUUUUGCUCGCUAUGAUCGGCUUCUACUGCAGUGGAGUUUGAACCUAAUGACUGAUGUUGUUUAUUGCCCUCGUGUGAGUUGCUGCAUGGCUGUGAUGCUCGAGCCUGACCGGACCGUGGGUAUCUGUCCUUCAUGCCGAUUUGUUUUCUGCACCCUUUGCAAUCGAACAUACCAUGGCCUCUCUAUCUGCAAAGAAAUUGAGCUUCGUGGGUUAAAAGAAGCCAAAGAAAAAGAGCAGAAGUUAAUUGAAGAAAAAGAAAGGAUUGAAUAUGAAAAGCAUCUGGAGGAGAUGGAAAUGGAGGACACUUCAAGCGAUGACUGGUUGAUUAAAAACUGUAAACGGUGCCCGACCUGUGGCACUAACAUACAGAGAAUAGGGGGUUGUAACAAGAUGAUCUGCUCCUCCUGUCGACAGUAUUUCUGCUGGUACUGUCUUGCAGUUCUCAGUGGAACUGACACCUACCUUCACUUCAAAUCUCCAUGCUAUAAGCAGACAAAUGCUUGAUUAAUGUCUGCAGUAAUGCACAUCCUCAUGUGCAAUGCAUAGUCAUGUUAUGUGCCACAAAAUCCAUGUGAAGUCUGGGACUUUUAUUUUGGUGUACUUGUUGAUUUUGUACUCCAUAUCCAGUUGCUCACAGUCAACAUCUUUGUAGGUACUCUCCAUAUUUCAUUUAUGGUACACUACUACAAAUAUUCUUCCUACCAUAUUAAAUUUUUUUGAAUGACGGAGAUGUUUAUGGAUAAGUUUAGAUUUUGUGGGGGUUUGGCAACUGUCAUAGCAGUUUCCAAAAACCAUCAUUAGCCUACUAAUGUCGCAAGUUUCGUCAUUACAAACAUAGAUCACUGAUUUGGUGUUCCAACGAACAUUCGCAAACUGCAUCGCAAACAUGUGCCUUUGCAACUACUCCUCUAGAGCUGUAGUUAUAAUUGGGAAAUAGAGAGGGAUAAGCCUUUGCCAAAUGCUAUUUAAAUGUGCAUUUAAUUUUUUAUUAUUAUAAAUAUAUAGGCCUAUUAAUAU